AUGUUGCUGGAAAGUCUCUGCACCCUUGUCUCCUCUCUCAAUCCCAUCGCCUCCAGCUCCUCCCCAUUGCCUCCAUCCCCUCAUUGUACUCGCCUUCAGCCCUCGUCUUUGCCUCUAAUCCCUGUUCGUCAUCAUUCUUGUCCUAAGCCCCUCUUCGUUGUCCCAGGAUCCUGGUCUUUGUCUGAGGACCCUCGAGAUCGUCUUAGGAUCAUCGUCUUUGUCCAAGGCAGCUUGUUGUUGCUCCAUCCCCUAGUCAUUGGUUCUAUCCCCUUGGCUUCCCCUCUAGCCCCUCUUCAGAACCUCUAG